AGAGGAGCGGUGUACUGCGGCAGCUGGCUGAGCCGCGGAGGAAGAUCAAGUGCUGAAAAGGUAGCAGUGCGGCUCGUUAGAUUCGCCGGUCUUUCACCGCAAGUAUCAGAGAGCAAAGGAAGGAAGCGCAUCCCCGCGUGAUGCUCCGCUUGAGACCGCAAUAUUUCAUUUGAAAGACGUCUCACGGGGGGAAAAGAUUGUAGCCUAAUCUUUUUGAAGGUUUGAGAGACCGUUUAUUUAAGCCUAAGAAAAAUCUUUUGUCAGACCUAUUGAUAACAUCCCUGACGUCGUUUUCCUGCUCGUUUUUCAUUAACAAGCAACCCUAAAAAACUGAGCAUAUUCUCUUUUAUUUUUCAAGGCAAGGCAUUUUGAUAUAAUUCAACGUGAGGGGCUGACACCUCUCAAGCCGUGCAUCACCUGAGAGGAGAAGAGUGACUGCGCCAACAUGGGGUAUGGGCGGUCAGACAGUUACCGCGUUGCCACCACACAGGACAAAAGUGACCGAUCCCCCAAGAAGAAGAAGGGGACCAAGGACAUGGAUGACCUGAAGAAGGAAGUGCCCAUUACGGAACAUAAGAUGUCCAUAGAGGAAGUAUGCAGGAAAUUCCAGACUGACAUUGUCCAGGGACUGACCAAUGCCAAGGCAGCAGAAUUUCUGAUUAGGGAUGGUCCCAAUGCUCUCACCCCUCCUCCCACCACCCCGGAGUGGGUCAAGUUCUGUCGCCAGCUGUUCGGUGGAUUCUCCAUCCUGCUGUGGAUCGGCGCCAUCCUCUGCUUCCUGGCCUACGCCAUCCAGGCAGCCACUGAGGACGAACCUGCAGGAGACAAUUUGUACCUUGGUAUUGUGCUCACAGCUGUCGUCGUCAUUACUGGUUGCUUCUCAUACUUUCAAGAGGCCAAGAGCUCCAAAAUCAUGGAGUCUUUCAAGAACAUGGUGCCUCAGCAAGCAUUGGUGAUCCGUGAGGGUGAGAAGGUACAGAUCAACGCUGAAGAAGUGGUGGCCGGAGAUCUGAUUGAAGUGAAGGGAGGAGACAGGAUCCCUGCUGACAUCAGGGUGGUUUCUGCUCAUGGCUGCAAGGUUGAUAACUCCUCACUAACAGGCGAGUCAGAACCUCAGAGCAGGUCACCUGACUGCACUCAUGACAACCCCUUGGAGACCCGAAACGUUGCUUUCUUCUCCACCAACUGUGUGGAAGGCACAGCGCGUGGCCUUGUUAUCUGCACUGGAGACCGCACAGUCAUGGGUCGCAUUGCUACUCUGACCUCUGGCCUGGAGACCGGCAAAACCCCCAUCGCCAAAGAGAUCGAGCACUUCAUCCAGAUCAUCACAGGCGUGGCCGUCUUCCUGGGUGUCACGUUUUUUAUCCUCGCUAUCAUCUUGGGUUACACCUGGCUGGAGGCUGUCAUCUUCCUCAUUGGUAUCAUUGUGGCUAACGUGCCAGAAGGGCUGCUGGCCACUGUCACUGUAUGUCUGACCCUGACUGCCAAACGUAUGGCUAAAAAGAACUGCCUGGUGAAGAACUUGGAAGCUGUGGAAACCCUGGGCUCCACCUCCACCAUCUGCUCUGACAAGACAGGCACCCUGACCCAGAACAGGAUGACUGUGGCCCACAUGUGGUUUGACAACCAGAUCCACGAGGCCGACACCACCGAGGACCAGUCUGGUGCCGCUUUUGACAAGAGCUCAGUGACAUGGUUGUCUCUGGCUCGCAUCGCUGGUCUGUGUAACCGCGCUCAGUUCAAAGCUGGACAAGACUCAUUUCCCAUCCUGAAGCGUGACGUGGCCGGCGAUGCCUCAGAGUCCGCCCUGCUGAAAUGUAUCGAGCUUUCCUGUGGCUCAGUCAGGAUGAUGAGGGAUAAGAACAAGAAGGUGGCUGAGAUCCCCUUUAACUCCACCAACAAAUACCAACUCUCAGUGCAUGAGACGGAGGAUCCCAAUGACAACCGCUACCUGCUGGUGAUGAAGGGAGCCCCUGAGAGGAUCCUAGACCGUUGCUCCACUAUCAUGAUACAGGGCAAGGAGCAACCUAUGGAUGAGGAGUUGAAGGAAGCUUUCCAGAAUGCCUACAUGGAGCUGGGAGGAUUGGGAGAGAGAGUACUGGGUUUCUGCCACCAGAUGCUGCCAGAAGACCAGUACCCCAAGGGCUUUGCCUUUGACACAGAGGAUGUCAACUUCCAGACAGACAACCUUUGCUUUGUUGGCCUCAUGUCCAUGAUCGACCCUCCUCGUGCUGCUGUGCCUGAUGCUGUUGGCAAAUGCCGAUCUGCUGGUAUCAAGGUCAUUAUGGUCACUGGAGAUCACCCAAUCACAGCCAAGGCCAUUGCCAAGGGAGUGGGCAUCAUCUCAGAGGGCAACGAGACAGUGGAGGACAUUGCAGCUCGUCUCAACAUACCUGUCAGCCAGGUCAACCCCAGGGAUGCCAAGGCCUGUGUGAUCCAUGGUACAGACCUAAAAGAUCUAUCUCAGGAUCAGAUGGACGACAUCCUGAGGAAUCACACAGAGAUUGUCUUUGCCAGGACCUCCCCACAACAGAAGCUCAUCAUUGUAGAGGGCUGCCAGAGACUGGGUGCCAUUGUAGCUGUUACAGGUGAUGGUGUGAAUGACUCCCCUGCGCUGAAAAAGGCCGACAUUGGUGUUGCCAUGGGAAUCUCAGGCUCAGAUGUGUCCAAACAGGCUGCAGACAUGAUCUUGUUGGAUGACAACUUUGCCUCUAUUGUCACAGGAGUGGAAGAAGGCCGUUUGAUCUUUGAUAACCUUAAGAAGUCCAUUGCCUACACCCUGACCAGCAACAUCCCAGAGAUCACCCCGUUCCUGUUUUUCAUCAUUGUCAACAUUCCCCUGCCACUGGGAACCAUCACCAUCCUCUGUAUUGACCUGGGAACUGACAUGGUGCCAGCUAUCUCACUGGCUUAUGAAACAGCUGAGAGCGACAUCAUGAAGCGUCAGCCCAGGAACCCAUUCAGGGACAAGCUGGUGAAUGAGAGGCUUAUCAGCAUUGCCUAUGGACAAAUUGGUAUGAUCCAGGCUCUGGGAGGCUUCUUCGCCUACUUUGUCAUCUUGGCUGAAAAUGGUUUCCUGCCCAGUCGACUAGUAGGCAUCAGGCUCAAAUGGGAUGACCGCUCUGUCAACGACCUGGAGGACAGCUAUGGGCAGCAAUGGACAUACGAGCAGAGGAAGAUUGUGGAGUUCACAUGCCACACCGCCUUCUUUGUUAGUAUUGUAGUAGUGCAAUGGGCUGAUGUCAUCAUCUGCAAGACCAGACGUAACUCUGUGUUCCAGCAGGGCAUGAGGAACAAGAUCUUGAUCUUCGGCCUGUUUGAAGAGACAGCCCUGGCUGCCUUCCUGUCCUACUGCCCAGGCAUGGAUGUGGCACUCAGGAUGUACCCUCUAAAACCUACCUGGUGGUUUUGUGCAUUCCCCUAUAGUUUUCUCAUCUUUGUUUAUGAUGAAGUCCGAAAACUUCUCCUCCGCCGGAACCCUGGAGGUUGGGUGGAAAAGGAGACAUACUAUUGAUCGAUGGAGCAUCUUUGCUCAAACCCCCUACAUCUUUCACUUAUUUCUCCCCUCUGUCACUCCAUCCCUGGCAAGACACACCUCCAGAUGCCCCACCCCCUUAAAGACAAAAACCGCUUUGAAGCAAUUUUCAUCACAACUGCCCCAAAGAUUAAAAACAGCAAAAGCACCUUUACAACUUUCUACAUUGACCCGCCCCACCCUUCUCCCCAUCUCCUAUGAUACUCUUUGCAUGUGUUCUCUCACUGCUGUGUACAUAAACCAAUAUAUCUACCAAACGGCAGCUGCAUAUUGUGUAUGUAGAUUUGAAUGAGCUAAGGAUACAAAGGGAGUGUCUAUGCUCUGCAAAAAAGGGCCAUCCAGCUCCUUCCCCUUCCCUGUUCUUCCCCUGCUCUCUCUUCCUCGUCUUUCUCUAUGCCUUCGUUCCUCUCUCUUUUCCCUUUCUCGCGAACCCUUUGCUUGUCCUCCAAUCAUACACAGAUAUAAAGAUCACACAGUGAGAUCCCAACGCCGACACCACUUCGACUGCCACCUCUCGCCUCCGUCUCCUGUCUGUGGAGGACCAGCGGAGUGGUCAUCUCCCUGCCGUUCUCCCUGUGUCCAUUUUCCUUCCCUUCCGUUCUUGACGGCCACAGUGUUGUUGUUUUUUAAUAUGUGGGGUACGGGGGGGUUUCAAUGAUUUUACUUGUCUUUUUUAUUUCUAAGGGGGGGGGUAUGUGAGAGCUGCUUUCCCUCAUUUAGGCCUAACAAAGCACACCCCAUGGCGUCCUGUCCCUCCUCUCUCCCCCUCUGUCUCUCACACCCCUCCCUUCCCCUCCCUCCUGCUCCACGUUUGUCUCUGUUUGUGUGCACUGUGUGAACCAUUGUCCUUGUUAAUAACUAUUACAGUACAACCCCCCAAGUUGGUAAAUACAAUUCAAUCUUUCUGUGUGCUCUAGGAAAUCUAUAUAAUUCUAUACUGAAUUUAAAUGAAACAAUAAAAAAACACAUGUUGAAAAACAGCUCAAGAGAGACAUUCAUGUAGAAGAACAACAACAAUAUUGGUGAAAUAGGAAAAAGCAAGAGAUAUGUGUCUCUCUUUUUGUUUUUUGUUUGGUUUCAGUUAUUUUUGCUGGAUUUUCAGGAGGCUACUCUAAAACAGUAACAGCAGAGCAGGGUUUUAGGCUGUGUUUUUACCACAAGACACAAGACACCAACCAAGGCUUUCAGGUUCCUGUCACUGCAGGUGUGCCAGUAUGAUGUGGUACAGUGUGCUGUGAUGUGGUGAGUGGUGAUGAUAAGUCCACAUGCCUGGGGUCUCUAACCGGAUAGGGUCCAGCUCUGGUUCAGUCUAGGUCCUGGUAUAGCCCGGUCUGGUCCGGUCCGGGUCUGUGUGCAUGUAUGAGUUGGAGACCAGUGAAGGGCCAGCGGUCUCAGGCUGGAUCUAUCUCAGAUGGCUGCAAGAGUUGAAAUUCAAGAAGAAAAAAAUACACGACUAGUAGAACAUGUGUGUCAAAUAAAUGAAACCAACACCAAUAAAACAUCUAGAACAUUUAAUACAA